CCACCAGCGCUCGUCGGCGGCAGAAGCAUACUCGCUUUAUUCUUUAUUGUCCACGCCAUUAUAUAUAUUACCUAUAUAGAUACCGGCCGGCAAUAUAUUAUAUACUCAUACAGGGUGAUUUGCCCAGCACACUCAUCCCUAUUUUUUUUUCUUUUAACCACGAAUUGAUUCAAAUUACUAUUUUGAGAAUUUUAAAAUAUAUCUCCCUACAUAAUUAAAGACCUUGAUACAUUAAAAUUCUUUAGAUUUUUUGAAAAUGUUGAUACCUGACCAAUAGUUUUUGAAUUUUAAAAUGUUUAUACUAUAAAGAUAAUUAAAGUCUUUACAAAUGGGUUUCCAUAUACAAUAUAAAUUAUAUAAUAUUGGAUCUAGUAUUUAUUAUACUCUCACCUUUUUACUAAUUAUAAAUGUUGAUUGAUUCAUUAUAAUUACUAAGAGUGUAAAAUCAGCAGAGCCCUUAUUUUUUCCGAAUCUAUAAUCGCGGACCUAUAUAGUCUUUAAAAUAUACAAAGUUAUAUAAUUCAUAAACUACUCAUUCGAAUUUUGAUUUUGACCUUGUCAGAAAAAAUAUUCUCUAGUAAUUUGCUGUAGAAAAGAAGAGAGUUCUCAUUUGAAAAAAAAAACAAAAGUUUUUAUCUCCACAAGACACGUCUCUCUUAAGAGGUAUGAAAAUCUAGAGGAAUUAAAAAUAUCAUGGGCUUAAGUAUAUAUCUAAAAAUGUCUAAACAUCAGAUUUUGAAUGACUGCGCUCAUUAUUUUAUAAUUAAAAAAAAAAGGUGAGCAUGCGAUCGCCCUGUAUAGUCACAUAUGUACUAAAACCCACUCAUCACAAUAUUUUUAUAAACAAACACACACACAUGCGUAAGAAUGUCUUCUGGUUCCUGGUUUUCAUUCCGGUACAACGCAAUAACAAUACGCGACUCGUACAUACAUAGGUAAAUAGCGAGGUACACACUUACACCUAUAAACCUACUUAUUGUACAAAUAUAUUUGUAUAUAUAGCCGGGUCUCUGGGGGUUACGACGGCAGACGACGUCCGGCAGCCGACCAGCGAGCACCGACUACUACACGACGGAGACGAAGAGGACAGCUCGCGGCACAGUUGUAGAAAAUCGUACGACUUAAUCGUACCCGGUGAAUCGGACCGUCUGCUGUUGUUUCUAUAAAUCAAAUCAAAUCACAUCAUAUUGUACAGCUACAAAGGUAGGACACGAGGCCGCGAAAUGGGAUGCGCCGGGAGCAAUCCUUUGCCGGCUGGCGACUCGAUGGUGGCGUCGGCUACGACCGACAGUCGCGCGAUCGCUGCAGACGCGCCGCCGAUGUCCGACACCGACAAAGCGUGUUCGAUCGUCCAGAAGGUAGUCGGCGGCGUCAACAUCGACGACGUAGUCAAGAAGAUCCAAGAUGUCGGCGGAAGCAUGGAAAAUUUGAUGGACGAGACUCAAGAAAAAUUCAGUUCGUUAUUUGGAAAAGCAGAACAACAAGUCGAAGAUGUAGAAAAAUCAGUAGAUGAUAAAGUAAAUGAUUUUACUUCAACUAUGCCAGAAAAACCUAAAAUACAAGAAGUUAUUCUUCUUACAGUUGAAGAAACUAGAGUAAUACCAAUAGACUUAAUCAAAUCAGAAAUUCUAACAAAUGGAAAUGAUGCCGUGAUUGAAGGGGUAAAUAACAGUACAAAAGAAGAACAGACGGCAGAAAAAUCAGAAGAUUCACUGAUCGACGCAAAAGAAAAACAAAACGAGGAAGAAGAUAAAGUAGAAGAAGAAAAAGUUGAAGAAGAAAAAGUCGGAGAAGAAAAUGUCGAAGAAGAAAAAGUUGAAGAAACAAAAUCUGAGGAAGAAGUAAAAGAAGAAGAAGAAACAAAUGCUGAAAAAGAAAAAGUUGAAGAAAAUGAAGUAGAAGAGUAGAAUCAAAGUUCGUAAAUUUACUAAAGGACGGCUCAAAAUUAUAUUAAAUACAUUUUAUACAAAAAAAAAGCUAUUCGAAAGAUUUAUGUACCUAGUGGGAUUAAUAAUUUUAUACAUUAUAUUUUUUGAUAAUAUUUUAUAGAAUUAAAAUUGCAUAGGUAUGUAUAAUAUAAAUGAUAUCUACAUAAUAUUAUAUCUUAUGGCUAUAGUUUAGCUAGGUAUAGUCAAAGAAAAAAAUAUAUGUAAUUAAAUAAUUUUAUAAUUUUCAACAAUGUAUAGUUAUUUUAUUAUAUUGUGUACUAUUUUAAGAUAUUUUUUAUAUUAAAGAAAAACAAUUUUAAGUUUAAAUUUAUCUAAAAAAUUGAACUUGUUGAGGAAUUCAACAGUACACAAAUAGACAUUUGCGUCUGAAAAGGCACCGUUGACUUGGACUUCAUAAAUAGAUUUUUAUUAUUUUUAAAUCAA